CAAGACAAGGGCACCUUGAUGAUUGACGGAUCAGUAUCCGGAGCUAAUGGCAUCCUGGGUUUAUUGGAAUUUCCGAUGAGUUGAUCUGGGAUCGGAAGCGGAGGUUGUAGGAAGUCCCCAGGCUAAAGAAACAGUUUGCAGGCUGUCAUGGAACAGACUAUUUAUUCUCCCGGAAGUCCAUCCGUGCAAUUUCCGGUUUAUUCCUUAUAUCCAAAUCUUCAACAAGGAUCAGCUCUCCAGCCACUUCCUCCUAAGACACUUGGAGCAGAACCCGUAUGUUACAUUCAAAAUACAACUCGACAAGAUUACAUGCCAAAAACUAGAAUGAAGUAUGUGCCCAGUAAAACUUUCUGGAAUCAAGAACCCAAUGCUGAAGUUCCAACCAUGAGAAUGUUUCCACGCGACGCCUGGUCAUGUGACCAACCAUAUACUCCCCCAGGUCACAUGGGCCAACAAGGAAAGAUCAAAUGUCGACCUGGAGUUUUACCGUCAUACAUACCGACAGACCCGUUGCUUUGGAGAACCGAGGAUGUUCGGAAAUGGCUGGAAUGGAUCAUCCGGGAAUACAAUAUGAAGCAAGUUAACAUGGAUUACUUCCGGUGUCUGGACGGGAAACACCUCUGCUGUUUGACACGUGAGCUUUGGUGUAAACUCGUAGGUCACCAGCAUGCGGAAGUAUUUAUGGAGAGUAUCCGCUAUCUCCGACAAAACAGAGUAUAUAUUCCAGACAGUCCUACAUACAAAUCCAAGCCGGAAGCCUAUGGCGCCCGACCCCCUUACAAAUCCGGAACAUGCGAGUUCUGGACCCAGCAGUACCGUGCGCCAACCCUCGAUUUCCGAUCUGGCGCCGACAGUGAUCCCUACAAACUAUUCAGUAAUGUGUGUCGGAAACUUUGUCACUCUGGUUCCGGACAGAUCCAGCUUUGGCAGUUCCUCCUUGAACUGCUGUCAUCAAGUUCCAAUGCCGACUGCAUUACAUGGGACGGAACAGACGGCGAGUUCAAGCUUGUUGACCCAGAUGAAGUCGCGCGCAGAUGGGGAGACCGGAAGUCAAAACCAAAUAUGAAUUAUGAUAAACUGAGUCGAGCUAUUCGAUAUUACUACGAUAAACACAUCAUGAGUAAAAUUCAUGGGAAGCGGUACACGUACAAAUUCAAUUUUAACAGUCUUUCAAAUAUACUUCAAACACAAGAGUCAGAUUUUGUAAGUUCACAAGGAUUUUUCACAUCAAAUGUAAACCAGAACAGAACUACACGAGGCUUACCCCAGGGAUUCCUAGAAUACACGUGUUCCGGGAAAUUCAUAAACUCACUACAUCAUGGAAGUAUCAACCAACCGGAAAUGAAUCCUUGCUAGACCUCUACCUAUAACUGUUGUGUUAAAUGUGUUAAAUGUGAUAUUUUACCCAUAGCUAUCAUUAAAGCCAGUCAUAAUCUCACAUUUUGCCAGUGAUGUUUUGGCUCAUUUUUCGAACCUUUACAUCUUUACGACCGGUUUCUACGUUUUGCCAUGUUCUAGAUACGAGCUAGCUAGACAGUCGCCUCAUUGUUGUUCCAAAGUGACAAGUCCUUCCUGCAGAACUGUAUUUGACGUCAUGAUUUCAUGAUCAGUAAGAGGCGACUUUUUAAUCUUAUCUUUUCUCCUUUUUUAAAAUAACUUCGAAUUGUCUCACUUGAUACUGCCUCGUGGUUAGUAAUUACAUUCUUACGGUUCAUCAACACUGUACAAGUCAGUAGGGGGGGAAAGUCGAAUAAACAUCAAACAAACGAAAUAUGUAAUAUACAAAAUGGUAUAUUUAAGCAUUGAGCAUUGAACUGUUACCAAAUGGUAGUACACAG